CUCGAUUCGAGAUUCUUCAACUUUCUUAUGUGCGCUCGCCGCUGAGUCGCGGCUAUGCUCAAACCUUCCAGAUCGGAUCGCAGAACGCUCGGACCACCUCGCUGCCACAGCCCUGGCCUGCCACAGCGCAGCCACAUGUCCAGUCACGUGACGUAGCAACUGUCCUGCGUUAUGUAAGUCAGCCCAGCCGGCUGUUCCUCCGCCAAGCUUUUGGGUCCACAACACGGACCAAGCUGCAACAGGGGUGUUCUCAGUUCUGAGAUACGUGUACGGAUUUGUGCCGAUAAACCUCAAUGUCAGCACAAAGAAUCAUCUCAACUCGACGUCGCUGUACGAGGCUCACAAUUGACUCGCAAAUUCGUUUGCGCAGCCAGACGGUAGCUUGAAUUGCAUUCUCUCGAACCUGAGCAGUCUUGACGCCGACCACGUUUUCCCAGCUCGAUCACAAUCCGGAGCGAUGCAGGCUCCUGCGCCCCAGCCCGGGCAAAUGCCCAGGCCCAGUCCAGAGCAGAUUGCGGCCAUGCAGCGGCAGCUGGCCAUUGACGCCGAGAAGAUGGGGAUGACGGUGCCGCAGUUCAUUGAACAUCUCAAGCGACAAGCUGCCGAGCGGGCACAGCAACAGCAAGCCCAAGGCCAGCACCAGCACCAACACCCUCAUCCGCACCAGCACGCCGUCCCGGGCCAGCAACAGCCAAUUGUGCCGGGCCCGCCCAACCCGGUCGCGAUAGCCCUCGCCAAGUUUCUGCGCAGCCAGAACCUCAAGCCGCGCACAUGCAUCCUGAACGGCGAGCGCAAGGACAUGUUUAGGGUCAAACGCGCCCUCCGCGCCAUGCAGUCCGACGCGUACGCGGCCGCGCGCAAGAAGAACCCGGCGCUGCCCGAGAUCACGGACCGGGCGUCGCUUGAGAACGCGUUCAAGCUGCUGCCGCUGUCGAUGCUCGCGCUGCGCGUGGUCAAGGCGGACGAGCACGAGGGCCACGACCACCCGCCGGCGGCCAAGAAGCCGGGCAAGCGCGUCAAGGGCCUGUGGACGGUGCGCAUCGAGCCGCAGCAGGAGGCCGCCGACGACAUGUACUACGUCUGGCUGUGGGAGGGCAGCCAGGUGAUGCGCAAGGUGUACGCGGCGCUGGCGCUGGCGGCCAUCUUCGCGCUCGUCUGCUACCCGCUGUGGCCGCUCAAGCUGCGCCAGGGCGGCUACUACCUCAGCUGGGCGUUCAUGUGCUUCAUGGGCCUGUUCUUCGCCAUGGCCAUCUUCCGGGUGAUCCUCUUCUGCGUGACCUACUUUGUCCUGCCGCCCGGCUUUUGGCUGUUCCCGAACCUGUGGGAGGACGUCUCGGUGAUCGACAGCUUCAAGCCUGUUUGGGCGUGGCACGAGCCUGCUGGGAAUAAGAAGAAAAAGAAGAAGAGCAAGAAGGAGGGUGGCGCGGCGAAUGCCGGCGCCACAUUUGCUGCGACUACCGGACAGCCUGCCCCGGCGACUGCGACCACGACCGCCACUGCCACGCAGGUCUCGACUGCGCCACAGCAGCGCAACUACAUGGCCCCGAGGGUGGAAGAGCUGGAGGAUGACGAGUGAUCGCGUGGAGGGGCAGUGGAGGGGAGACGGCGUUCUACUUCAGGCCGUUAGAGGCUGCAUCCCGAUUUACGCAGCUGGUGCUAGCAGUCUUAGAAGACAUGUCUGGGUACUGGGUAUAAAAUCGAGCACCACUGUGUUGUGCACAGUCCUCGUGUCAGGUGACAUAACAGCGUUUCAGUGUGGAUGGGAUUGAAUGUAGCAUGUCUGCCGUGCUGCAAGACCUGCGGGAUGAACAUCUGUUUGAUCCUAGUAGGGCGAGGAAGACCCGGUUCGAAGCACUGGCGGCUGCUUAACUGGCAACAGCUAUGCGCUGCUGGUGCAGAGCAAGUGCCGGGCAACCCUUUAGUCGGCGACUACUAGUAGCUAAUGGAUCGCCGCUGUAGCAGUCGGGAACAGGCAGCUGGUGUGACUGGGUAAAUCUUUAGAGGGAGGGCAGGAAGGUGGAUUGCGAGUCGCACCCCAUUUCGAAUAGUAUCUAUUCCACCCCGUGA